CCUGGCCCCAUGGAGACCUGGCGCAAAGGCUCCUUCCGCAAUGCCUCCUUCCUCAAGCGGCUGACUCUGGGGCGGCCACGGCGACUCCGACGCCAGGGCAGUGUGCUCAGCCAGGCCAGCACGGCAGGAGGUGACCAUGAGGAGUACAGCAACCGAGAGGUCAUCAGGGAGCUACGAGGGAGGCCAGACGGCCGUCGCCUGCCGCUGUGGGGAGACGAGCAGCCCCGGGCCACCCUGCUGGCCCCACCCAAGCCCCCACGCCUCUACCGAGAGAGCUCCAGCUGCCCCAACAUCCUGGAGCCCUCACCCGCCUAUGCUGCAGCCUACUCGGCUACCCUGCCUUCAGCGAUCUCCCUGGGGCACGCCCUUCACCAGUACUCGGAGGAGGACCUUUUGGACACUCCCUCCUUCCAGGAGACCCCUGCCCCAGAUCUCAGUGACCCCUUCUUCUCCUUCAAAGUGGACCUGGGGAUUUCACUUCUGGAAGAAGUUCUACAGAUACUGAGGGAGCAAUUUCCCAGUCAGCCCAGCUUCUGACUGGGGUGGGGAUGGGAAGAGGUGGG